UAAGUAUUGUCUCGAUGGGAUUACCACCAAGUACAUGAACAGGAAGGAUGUGCAGCAAGCCUUCCAUGCAAUCGCCACCGCAUGGACACCCUGCAGUAAGGCUAUACAACAGAGCUACAGCCUUCCCGCUAAGGAAAAGUCGAUGUUGCCCACUCUGGAGCUACUCAAACGGUCGGGCUUGCAAAUUUGGAUAUACAGUGGAGAUGCAGAUUCAAUGAUUCCUUUCACAGCAACUCGGACUGCUAUUUCCAAGCUGCAUCUUAAGAGGAAGGCAAAAUGGUAUCCUUGGGGCCAUAAUGGCAAGGUAAUUUAUUCAUUGGUCUAAUGUUCCAACAUCUUAAAUGAAAGUGGGGUUUGAAUAUUUUUUUAUCCUUUGCUUAUGAUCAAUGUCUAUACUGGUAUGAUAUCAGAUCAGUGGAUGGUCUGAGAUAUACGAAGGGAUUACCUUCGCGACGAUCAGGGGAUGCGGUCAUGAGGUCCCAAUGUACGCGCCUGCUCAAGCGCUCAAGGUGUUUGAGCACUUUUUAGCUAACGAGUCGUUGCCUAAGUAUACAGAGUGAUGCAAGAUUUGUGGCCAUGUGGGGUUGUAUUAAAACGUUGAU